AUGGCUCACGUGAUCUGCAACUUCCGGGGCUCCGUGACUCAGGGUUUGGCUCUGGAGGUGGGAGAGACAGUUCAGAUUCUGGAGAAAUGUGAAGGAUGGUACAGAGGAUUCUCAACGAGGAAGCCAAAUGUUAAGGGAGUUUUCCCAGCCAGCUAUAUUCACUUGAAGAAAGCCAUCGUCGCCAACAGAGGGCCGCAUGAGACGGUGGUGCCUCUGGAAGACCCCAUAGUUACCGAGGUGACGUCAACACUGCAGGAAUGGGCCUUACUGUGGAAGCAGCUCUAUGUGAAACACAAAGUGGAUCUGUUCUACAAGGUCCGCCACGUGAUGAUGGAGCUGAUCGACCUGAGGAGGCAGCUCCUGUCCGGCCACCUGACGCAGGACCAGAGCCGAGACGUCAAGAGACACAUCACAGUCAGACUGGACUGGGGCAACGAACACCUGGGUCUGGACUUGGUGCCCAGAAAGGAGUUUGAGAUGGUGGAUGAAGACCAGAUAAGCGUGUCAGAUCUUUAUAAAAUGCAUCUGUCCAGCAGACACAGUGUUCAACAGAGCACCACACAGGGUGACAGUACCCGGCAGCGACACGGGGAGCCGUGCCGAGUUCCGGUACCGCACCACCUGCUGGUCAACCUGAAGAGCUUCACCUACAACAGCAUCGGAGAAGACACGGACAUCUUCUUCUCCCUGUACGACCUGAGAGAGGGGAAGACUAUCAGUGAGAAGUUCAUGGUGAGACUGAACAAGAACGGAGGACCGAAGAAUCCAGAGAAGGUGGACCGGCUGUGUGCCCUCUUCACGGACCUGAGCAACAAAGACAUGAAGAGAGAUCUUUACAUCAUCUCCCAGGUCAUCAGAACAGGUCGUAUGCUGCUCAACGACAGUAAGAAGGGCCCUCCGCACGUUCAGUACCGCCGGCCGUACGGCUGUGCUGUCCUGGCCAUGAGCGACGUGCUGCAGACCAUCUCAGAACUCAAAGAGGAGAAAGACUUUGUCCUCAAAGUCUACACGUGUAACAAUGAGAACGAAUGGUACCAGAUCCACGAGAACAUCAUCCGCAAGUCCAGCACCAAAUACACCGCUCCCAGCACCAACUACGGUCUGAUCAUCUCCCUGCAGCUGCUGAGGGGCGACAUGGAGCAAGUCCGCCGGGAGAACCCGCUCAUCUUCAGCAGGGGGGUGGCCAUGACACGCAAACUGGGCUUCCCUGAUGUCAUCAUGCCAGGCGACAUCCGUAACGACCUGUACCUGACUCUGGAGCGAGGGGACUUUGAGAGAGGAGGGAAGAGCGUUCAGAAGAACAUUGAAGUCACCGUCUACGUGCUCUACGCCGAUGGAGAGAUCCUCAAGGACUGCAUCAGUCUGGGUUCAGGUGAGCCCCCUGUGCCGGAGCACCGCUCCUUCGUGCUCUACCACAACAACAGCCCCCGAUGGAGCGAAGUGAUCAAACUGCCCAUUCCCAUCGACCGCUUCAGAGGCUCCCACCUGCGCUUCGAGUUCAGACACUGCUCCACGAAGGACAAAGGAGAGAAGAAGCUGUUUGGGUUUUCCUUCACUCCUCUGAUGAGGGAGGAUGGAACCACUCUUUCAGACGAGAGCCAUGAACUCUACGUUUACAAGUGUGAUGAGAACACCACCUUCAGUAACCACGCCCUGUACCUGGGCCUGCCCUGCUGUAAAGAAGACUUCAACAGCUGUCCCAGCAUCCCCUCCAGCCUCAUCUUCCAGCGCAGCGCCAAGGAGACCUUCUGGAUCGCCACGCAGCUCUCCUCCACCAAGCUCACUCAGAACGUGGACCUCCUGGCCCUGCUGAAGUGGAAGGCCCACCCGGACCGGGUCAUGGACAUUCUGGGCCGGCUGCGACACGUCAGCGGAGAGGAGAUAGUCAAGUUUCUCCAAGACAUUCUGGACACAUUAUUCUCCAUCUUGGAUGACAACACGGACAAAUAUGGACCACUGGUGUUCCAGUCAUUGGUGUUCAUCAUAAACCUUCUCAGGGACAGUAAAUAUUACCACUUCCGGCCGGUCAUGGACACAUAUAUCCAGAAGCACUUUGCUGGCGCGUUGGCUUACAAGGAGCUGAUCCGCUGUCUGAAGUGGUACAUGGACCGCUCCGCAGAGGUGGUGAGACAGGACCACAUACAGGAAGCAAUGAGGGCCUUGGAGUAUCUGUUUAAGUUCAUCAUCCAGUCUCGGAUCCUUUACUCCCGGGCCACUUGUGGUAUGGAGGAGGAGCAGUUUCGCACCAGCAUCCAGGAACUCUUUCAGUCCAUCCGCUUCGUCCUCAGCCUGGACAGCCGCAACUCGGAGACGCUCAUCUUCACACAGGGCUCCCAGCCUUGUUCAGGCCCAAAUCAAGCCCCAGGCCCCGGCGUUGGGCCUAACGCUACCUUAGCUGUAGCCCCCGCCCCGGGCCAAGCCCCGCCCCCUGCCCCAGGACAGCUUCCUGGCAGCGGGCAAGCCAACUGCACUCAGGCCGGGAGCUCCAACGCUCUGCGGCCGUCUCCACUGUCAGCCGCCCUGUUGAACUCCUUCCCAGCGAUCUUCGACGAGCUGCUGCAGAUGUUCACGGUGCAGGAAGUGGCGGAGUUCGUGCGCGGCACUCUGGGCAGCAUGCCGUCCACGGUGCACAUAGGACAGUCCAUGGAUGUGGUCAAGCUGCAGUCCAUAGCCCGGACGGUGGACAGCCGGCUCUUCUCUUUCCCAGAGUCGCGAAGGAUCCUGCUUCCUGUGGUUCUGCAUCACAUCCACCUCCAUCUGAGGCAGCAGAAAGAGCUGCUCAUCUGCUCUGGAAUACUGAGCUCUAUUUUCUCUAUCAUCAAGAGCAGCUCAAUGGACACGUCGGUGCAGGAGGAGGUGGAGAUGAUGGUGGAGUCUCUGCUGGACGUCCUCCUGCAGACCCUGCUGUCCAUCAUGAGCAAGAGCCAAUCGCAGGAGGCGGUAAGGGGUCAACGCUGUCCACAGUGCACCGCGGAGAUCACUGGAGAGUACGUGUCCUGCCUGCUGUCCCUCCUCCGCCAGAUGACAGACAUCCACUUCCAGCACCUGAUAGAAAACUUUCAGAGCAAGGAGGAGCUCAAGGAGUUCUUGUUGAAGAUUUUGUGUGUGUUUAGGAAUCUGAUGAAGCUGAGUAUUUUCCCUCGCGACUGGAACGUCAUGAGGCUCCUCACCAGCAACAUCAUCCUGACGACCGCUCAGUACCUGUCUCCUGCUCUGCACAAGAACUUCACAGAAGCCGAGUUUGACUUUAAGGUGUGGAACUCCUACUUCAGUCUGGCGGUGCUGUACAUCAACCAGCCCAGUUUACAGUUGGAAAAUCUGAGUCCUGCUAAAAGGAAGAAGGUCUUAGACAAGUACGGAGACAUGAGAGUGAUGAUGACCUACGAACUGUUCAGUAUGUGGCAGAACCUCGGUGAGAAUAAGAUCCAUUUCAUCCCCGGUAUGAUCGGCCCGUUCCUGGGAGUGACGCUGGUUCCUCAGGUGGAGGUGCGGAACAUCAUGAUCCCUAUCUUCCACGACAUGAUGGACUGGGAGCAACGCAAGAACGGAAACUUCAAACAGGUGGAGGCCGAGCUGAUUGACAAGCUGGACAGUUUGGUGUCCGAGGGGAAAGGGGAUGAGAAUUACAGAGAGCUCUUUGGUUUGCUAACCCAGCUGUUUGGGCCCUACCCCAGUCUGUUGGAGAAGAUCGAGCAGGAGACGUGGAGAGAGACGGGGAUCUCCUUCGUUACCUCCGUCACACGGCUGAUGGAGCGACUGCUGGACUACAGGGACUGCAUGAAGGGAGACGAGACGGAGAACAAGAAGAUUGGCUGCACCGUUAACCUCAUGAAUUUCUACAAGUCGGAGAUCAACAAGGAGGAGAUGUACAUCCGCUACAUCCACAAGCUGUGUGACAUGCAUCUACAGGCUGAGAACUACACAGAGGCUGCGUUCACUCUGCUGCUGUACUGGGAGCUGCUGCACUGGGACCAGCGGCCUCUGAAGGACUUCCUGCAUUAUCCCGCUCAGACUGAGUGGCAUCGCAAGGAGGGGCUCUGCCGCAAAGUCAUCCACUACUUCAACAAGGGGAAGUGUUGGGAGUUUGGCAUCCCUCUGUGCAGGGAGCUGGCCUUCCAGUAUGAAUCACUGUACGACUACCAGAGCCUCAGCUGGAUACGGAAAAUGGAGGCUGCAUAUUAUGACAACAUCAUGGAGCAGCAGCGUUUGGAGCCGGAGUUCUUCAGGGUUGGAUUCUACGGCAGGAAGUUCCCCUUCUUCCUCAGAAACAAAGAGUUUGUCUGUCGCGGACAUGACUACGAAAGGCUAGAGGCCUUCCAGCAAAGGAUGCUGGGAGAAUUCCCGCAGGCCAUUGCGAUGCAGCACCCCAAUCAGCCCGACGAAGCCAUUCUGCAGUGUGAAGCACAGUACCUGCAGAUCUACGCGGUGACUCCGGUGCCGGACAGCGUCAGCGUCCUCCAGAUGGACAGAGUCCCCGAUCGCAUCAAGAGCUUCUACCGGGUCAACAACGUUCGGCGUUUCCGAUACGACCGACCCUUCCACAAAGGACCCAAAGACAGAGACAAUGAGUUCAAGAGUCUUUGGAUCGAGAGGACGACGCUGAUCCUCACUCACCCUCUGCCUGGCAUCUCACGCUGGUUCGAGGUGGACAAGAGAGAGCUGGUGGAGGUGAGUCCGUUAGAAAACGCCCUCUCCGUGGUGGAGAAUAAGAACCAGGAGCUGCGGACCCUCAUCGGCCAGUACCAGCACAAGCAGCUGCACGGCAACAUCAACCUGCUCAGCAUGACGCUGAACGGAGUCAUCGAUGCCGCCGUGAACGGAGGCAUCGCCAGAUACCAAGAGGCUUUCUUUGAUAAGGAGUACAUUACGAGCCACCCUGAAGACACAGAGAAAAUCACACAGCUCAAAGACCUGAUGCAGGAGCAGGUUCACAUCCUCGGAGUCGGCCUGGCCAUGCACGAGAAGCUGGUGCACCCAGAAAUGCGUCCCCUGCACAAGAAGCUGAUCGAUCAGUUCCAGAUGAUGCGGAGCAGCCUCUGCCACUGUUUCUAUGUGGCGUUGCAGGGUCUGCCCGGGUUAGAAAAGGCCGGUUCAGGAGCCAACACUCCCAGAGGGAUCCUGGCCUCUCACAGCCCCAUGAGCCCCGAGAGCUUCAAACUCAUGCACCAACACAGUGCCAUAGCUGUUUUGACUCCGGUGCGCAACUCCUCCUCCUCUCUCUCCUCUCACAACUCCAGCGAGACAGGAAACGUCGGCAGCCUGCUGAUCCUGGCUGACGGCAUGGUGGUGGAGCACCCUGAGGACUUCUACCGCAUGCAGGCGAGCCCCUCCUCCUCCAGCCUAAGCUCCACCCACUCCGCACCCUCUCAGAUGAUUAACUCCGCCCCCUCCACCAUCAGAGUUGGCUCUCCUUCUCUGCCGGGCAAAUACAGACACAACAGAGAGAUGCUGAUGCUGCUGCCGCCACACAGAGAGAGACCGAGCAGCGCCAUGUACACCAACAUCACUGAGAAUGGACAGCCAACGAACUUCCAGCGAGCGUUGUUCCAUCAGGUGAUCGGUCCAUGCAAACCCUGCAGUGACCCUAACCUCUCCGUCGCUGAGAAAGUCCUAACCACUCCCAGCAGUUGGAGUUUGGACAGUGGUACCAGAGAAGCCCUCCCGUUCCUCUCCGCUCAUGUCGGCAGUGUCCUGGCGCCUCCGGUUCCCCCACGCAACCUGCCUCACGGGCAACACCUGUCGAUGCACUUUGACGCUUUCCACCACCAGGUCAGCGACCUCCCUCCAGCUCUCCCCGCGCGCUCCUUAAGAAAGUCUCCCCUGCACCCUAUACCUGCCUCGCCCACCAGUCCACAGUCCAUCCUGGAUGGCAGUAACUCCACCCUGUCGGGCAGCGCCAGCUCAGGCGUCUCCUCCCUCAGCGAGAGCAACUUCGGCGGCCCGGCCUCCUCCUCCGACCGCCCGGCCAGCCGCACAGACACCCUGGAGUCCGUCCCCAGCAGCCAGGCCUGGACCACAGACCAGGAAGACCUGGACUCGCCCUACCAGCCCGUCAGGUACAGCCUCUCGGAGCCUGAAGUCCUGGACGGAGUCAAACCGCCCUGCCGCAGCCACUCCGCCCCGGGAGGGGUCACCCCGGCUCAGGCAGGCGGACAAAUCCAGCCCCAGGCUCCGGGUCCGGCCUCCACGGGCGCUCCACAACAACAACAGCAGGACGGGCUGCCACACCCCCAACACCUCUACUACUACCACCACCACCACUUCCACCCGCACUACCUCCCCCACCACCCGCCGCUGUACCACCUCCACGAGCCCCCGCCGGCGCUGCCGCCCAAACCCUACCUCAGAGAGGGCUGUAUCCCCGAGGAAGACCCCCUGAACAACACGCAGUCGGCCCCGCCCCCUCCCGCCCCCCGGCCCAUGCCACGCAAGAUCUCCCAGCCCAUCAUCGCCGCGACCAAGGAUGAGCAAGCGAAGGUGGCGUGGGAGCACGGCGUCAGCGAGGAGUGAGACGCCAGUGGACGGAGACGGUUUGUAAGAAAAAACUCGUGGAAUUCAAAUAAACAGAAUAUGAACUCUUUUUUUUUUUCAGAAGAGAGAGAGUGAGAGAAAGGAGUGAGAGCCGAACUGAAGCUGAGAGAUGUCGUCGUUCUGCUCCAAAAACUAAACUAAUGUAAAUAUGUCUCCCCGUCCUCAGCAGCUCUGUGUUCUCCGCGUUCAACACCUGAAAAUAAGAUUUUUCCUUUAAUAACCAAAUGAUCUUUCUCAUGUCGCAUCCUUCUGUGAUCACGCCUCGCCUCGUUUGUUUGGUUCAGUCAC